AUGAAGACGAAAAGUGUGAUUUUAGUGAUUUUGGCUCUUUUAGGGCCAUGCAUUUGGGCUCGGCCCCCAAAACGCCCCUCUCACGUCAAGCCCCGCCCCCACGACCACUCCAAAUGUCACUACGUCGUAUUAACAGAAGAUGAGAGUGACAGUAGCAGUGACAGUGAUGAUUUUCCCGACAACGAAGUGCCAAUCGUGGCCACUGCUUUCCCUCCGAAACACAUCUAUGACCCAUUUUUGGACACAGAAGUCCCAGAUGGGCCCUAUUUUAACCCAAACCGAAUUGUUGAUUUUAUCGGAAUUAAACACCGGUUCUCAAACGAAUCAAAUUUGGCCUUUCCGCCGUAUGCCAAUAUCGCAAGGAGAAAAUCAACAAAGAAGAAUAAAAAAAGAAAUUUGAAAAAACACAAC